CAGGAGUCAUCUACGGGCUCUGGUUCUUCUAUGAGAACGAGUGUUGUCGGAUGGCGUCCCUGCUAGAGAGCCUGUGUCAGUCGCCGGCUGGCGGCGGCGCCGGCGGUGGCGCCUCCAAGAAUGCCCCGAUCGACCUCCUCACACUCUUCCGCAGCGCCUCUGGGCCGCAGCAGUCACAAUCUCAGCCUGCUCAGCAGCAGCAGCAACAGCAACAGCAACAGCAACAGCAACAGCAACUACAACAACAACAGCAACAGCAGCAAACGUCGGCGGUGGCCACGGGCACCGGCAGCCGACCAGAUACUCCACAGAGAGCCGACGAGAAGCAUGGACAAAUCACCAUAGCGGACCUCUUCGCCAAGGCGUCCAAAACGGGACAGGUGCUGAUUGGCAAACAGACGGUGCGCUCCAUCUCGGUGUCGGAGGUGGAGGACGCCAUGCCAGACUUGGGCGGUCGGCCUCGGCCCGCCCUCCAGCAGCCACCCACGAUCUCCGCCUGCCCGCCGCCAGACGCGGCGGCCGUGCCGCCGGUGCGCGAGACCGAAGCCAAGGACGUGAACCGCAUCCAGGAGCUGUUCAGAGGCAGCCUGCAGCUGGGCGCCGCCGAGGCGGCUCCGGCCCCGGCCCAGGCCUCGGCUCCGGCCCCGGCCCCGGCCCCGGCCCCGGCUGCGGCCCCAGCUGCAGCGCCGACCGCGGCUCCGGGAUCUGCUUUAGUCCCUGACCCGACGCCGGCGUCCGGGACUAUCUCGCUGAUGUCGCCGAUGAUGUUCUCGGCGCUGGUGCCGCCGCCUGCCGUCGAGCUGGGAGGCUCUGGUGCGGCCGGUGACCGCGCGGUGCUGGGCGGCGCCACGGCGCCCUCCCCGCUGCUGGGCGAGCGGGUCCGCAAUGGGGACGGCGAUCUGACGGAGGUCACGCCGCUCACCAAGCGCCAGCUGACGCAGGCUUUCAACUAUCUGCUAAAGAACGACGACGCGUUCAUCGCCAAGCUGCACGACGCGUAUGUGAAGUCGCUGACGGAGAGCUUCAGGAAGAGCUGAUCUGGCUGUGCCCUGUACCUGACUCGUGUGCGCUGCUGUGUUUGUGUCGCCCGCGGAGCCGCCGCCACGCCACGUGGCCCGGCGGCUCCGCGGCCCCGCCGGCGCCCCGCAAGCUGUAGCCGCCGGACUGCCCGCGGCGGGACCGUUUUAGCGGGCAGUGCGGACGGUUUUACGUGGGCCCCGGCCGCCGCGAGGGUUUUGAUAGCGUUUUAGCGGAGGACAGCGGCCGCCGCGGACACGACGGCGGAUGCCGCUCCGGAGUAGAGCUAUUUAUUUCCGGCUGUGGCUCGCGGUCUCGUGCGUGUAACUGUCGUGCUGUGUCGCGAAGCGCGGAAUAAAGAACCCGCGCCUGC